CCUCCUCAUUGUCGUCGGACACGUUAGACUCAGCCAUGAUGGCCAGGGUCGAGAUGACAUCCAUGCAGCCUUCGGGUGUGUGUGUGGUUCGAGUGAUGUACAUGUACUCACAACUGUACCGAGGGGACGUCCCGUGUACGUUGGGAGAGGAGUCGUCCUAUUGGGACUUUGACGCGCAGUCCACGCCUCCACACCUGUUUCCCAACCACGCAAGGCGGACGGCCAUGUUAUUCCUACCUUCAGCCCGUCAGCGGGUGCGCGAGUUCGUCCAGCAGACUGUCCUCGACAUGCUUGCCAACAACGACCGUCCUAGUUGAAGUACGAAUGAAACGUUUUAUCCGGAUAUUUACCGGAUAAUAUUACCGGAUCUUACUUCGUCC